AGUUGAUACCAGAGAAAAUACAGUGGGAAAUACAAGUUAAAUUGUGUAAAAAUGAUCAUAAACAGAUUUACAACAACCUGCUUUGAAGUUCGUGUUGUUUCGAAACGUUUUAGCUUAUUGCGAUCUUGAAUGACCCACGUUUGUAUAGAGUUCUACCUUUCAAAGCCUUGGGUGUGCGGCUCAGACUUCGAAGUGAUCGUUCAGCUCUUGACUUGAUUAGGGAGAAUGAUGGCAGGAGCAACUUUCAUGCGAUUUGCUGCCCGGACUGUGCUAUCGGCACCUGCUUGUAAAGCCGUCAAGAUCCGAGGAUAUCAUCGACAAUACUUGACUACUUUCAGGAACAAUACCUCAAGUAUUAACGGUGGAAGAACUGCAUUUCUGCUCACCUUACCAGCACUAUCUUAUCUAGGCCUGGAAGCCUACAGGAGGGUGCAGAGUGCAACUGUGGUCCAUGCUCUGGAAAAAGCUGAAGAGGUUGUGGAACAAGCAGAUUACCUGUAUAGCUGUGGGGAGACAGAGAAACUCUACCAGCUUCUGCUACAGUAUAAGGACAGUGAUGAUGCUGAGUUCCUGUGGAGGCUGGCGCGGGCGUCUCGUGACCUCUCCCUCCUCGCUCACAUUGCUGCUGACGAGAAGAAGAGGCUGACCUUUGAGGCGUUUGAAUACGCCAAGAAGGCCCUGGAGAAAAAUGAGGCCUGCUUCGCAGCACACAAAUGGUAUGCAGUGUGCCUCAGUGACAUAGGCGAUUACGAGGGGGUCAAAGUAAAAAUAGGAAAUUCUUACAUCAUUAAAGAACAUUUGCAGAGGGCCAUCGAGCUAAAUCCAAAAGAUGCCACAUCCAUCCAUAUCUUGGGUUAUUGGUGUUUUGCCUUUGCUGAGUUGGCGUGGUAUCAACGUAAAGUGGCAGCCAUGAUCUUCGCCUCUCCUCCCACUGCCACAUACGAAGAGGCUUUGGCGUUCUUCCUGAAAGCUGAAGAAGUGGACCCCAACUUCUACAGUAAGAAUCUGCUUAUGCUGGGAAAGUCCUACAUGGCAGUGAAGGACCAGGGGAAUGCUGUGCUCUGGCUGAGAAAGGCACGGGACUACCCCCCUCACACAGAGGAAGACAAGGAGGUCCAUAAAGAAGCCCUUGACCUUCUGAAGAAGCUCGGGGCAUAAUAUGACCUAGUCACACAGGGGCAAGAGGGCAUUGUGUUGAUAAUAGGUGUAAUCUAUGUCUAUCUACUAUAUGUAUAUCUUUGUACAUAUAGGCUAUAAUGUACGGCCUUAACUGGAAAUGAUACAUGCCUUUCUACUAACCUGUGUAUAGUGAUUUACAGAUGCUGUGAUUUAACUUGAAAUUAAUGCUAUUUUAAUUUAAUAUGCUUAUCAAGUCUGUAGUGAUAGCUUGGCAUUGUAACAUUCAGGCAGGCAUCUUAUUGUCUUUGUAAAUAGAAAGUAGAAUGGGUGUCUGAAUUUAAAAUCCCAAUAUGCGGUCAAUGAAUGGGAUCCAAUGUGUUCCACGCAAAUAUUAACAUUAUACAGUCAGUUGUGGUCAAUUCAUUGUUGAAAUGGCAGUUGAGUUGAAAUGGUAUUCAGUCCCAACCAUGGCCUUAAUCUAUGCGGUUUCACUCACAAUUAUUUUAAUGAAUUCAAACCCAGUUGUAAAGAUGGUCAGAUAUUUAUUAAAUAUGGUUCUUUCCACAGGCAAGAUCCAACCAAAAAAAAGAAAUGUUUUUAAGAACAUAAUAAAAAUCGAUGACAGGUUUUUGUGAAUCCUGAGCAGAAGGCCUCCGACACCCCCACGUCUCUCAAAACAGAAAAGCAUGAGGGACAGGGGUUUAUUUCUUUAUUUCUUUAACUCAUAAAUCCAUCUUCUAUUCAUUCAUUAACAUGGGUAAAAGCAGAUCAAAAAUGAAUUUUCUAUAGUCUCUGGUAGGGAGCGCUCUGUACAAUGUAGUAUUAGGUGUUUUACAGUGUGCAUCUACGUAUAUAUGUUACAGUUCAUGUCUGAUAUGAAUGAGGCGUCACAGAGCCGGUCUCUCGAUGUUGGUGAGGCUCUGAAGAAUAAUUAUUAAGUACUUGACUUUGUCUUUUUUACAUUGAGUUAAUUUUCAUAUACAAUUGAUUUCUUUGAUUAUUGAUUUGUUCAAAAGGAAGCAUGUUGUCAUUA